AUGGCGUUUAUUAAAGAGGAGAGUGAAGAUGUAAAGAUUGAAGAAACAUUCAGAGUCAAACAUGAAGACACUGAGGAACAAACAGACUUGAUAGCACUGAAAGAGGAGAGUCAAGAAAUGACUGAAGUGGAAGUGAAAGAUUGGUGUAAGAAACAUCAUGAUUUCAUUACUGGAGGAGAAUCCACACAGACUGAAAAGACUUCCUCAGAAAACAGAGCUCAGAAAAACAAAUCUAACAGCUGUUUUACCUGCCAUCAAUGUGGAAAGAGUUUCUCCCAAAAACAAAACAUUAAAGUCCAUAUGAGAAUUCACACUGGAGAAAAGCCUUUCACUUGUACUCAGUGUGGACAGAGCUUUACACGUAAAGAAACCCUUAAUGGACAUAUGAGAAUUCACACUAGAGAGAAGCCUUUCAAAUGCCAAGAGUGUGGACAGAAUUUUACACAAAAAGGAAACCUCAAUGCCCACAUGAGAGGUCACUCUGGACAGAAGCCUUUCACUUGCAUUCAGUGUGGACAGAGUUUUACACGUAAAGAAACCCUUAAUGCCCACAUAAGAAUUCACACUGGAGAGAAGCCUUUCACCUGCCAACAGUGUGGACAGAGUUUUACACAAAAAGGAAAUCUCAAUGCCCACAUGAGAACUCACACUGGAGAGAAGCCUUUCACUUGCAAACUGUGCCGGAAGAGCUACUCACGGAAAGAAUGUCUGCAGACUCACUUGAGAAUUCACAUUGGAGAGAAGUCAUUCACAUGUAUUCAGUGUGGAAAAAAGUGCAUAGGUAUAGUAAACUUUCAUCAGCACAUGAAAAUUCACUCAAGCGAGAACUGUUUUGUAUGUCUUCAGUGUGGAAUGAAUUUCAUAGAUGGGAAACAACUUGAGGAUCAUGUCAAAAUUCACAUUGGAGAGAAGCCUUUCAUGUGCCAUCACUGUGGGAAGACUUGCAUAAACAAAUCAAUCCUUAAAGUUCACAUUAGAGUUCACACUGGAGAGAAGCAUUUCAGCUGCCCUUAUUGUGGAAAGAGAUUCACACAAAAACCAAACUUUGAAGUCCACAUGAGAAUUCACACUGGAGAGAGGCCUUUCACAUGUCUUAGGUGUGAGGAGAGUUUCACAUAUCAAAGAGACCUAAAACAUCAUUUGCUAACUCAUUGUGGAAAGCAAUAGCAAUGUUCCCCCGAGUGGUAAGAGAGUUACAGGAAACAACAGAAAUAAAGUUCUUAUUCAUUCCG